AUGGCGGCGCCCAUGUCCGUAAUGUUUACAUUCGUGUUUUUGGCACUAGCCCUGAGACAUUCCAUCAUAAACAACAUUGGGGCAGUAACACACGAGAACUUUACGUACUUUUCCAUCAUGAAAACUGUGUACCGACCGAGGAGAAAUGCAUUUAACACGGAAGUAAAACCCCACCUGCUUAUUCUCUUCAGUGCGCUGCUACUGAGCGGCGAUAUACAGUUGAACCCUGGGCCCCCGCAUGUAUAUCCCUGUGGCUAUUGUGAACACCCAGUCACAUGGGAUCAUCAGAGAGCAGUUUGUUGCAAAGGCUGUGACAUUUGGUAUCAUUCUACAUGUCUUGAAAUGAGCUCGCACAAUAUCGAAAUCCUACAGCGCUCAAGUGUAUCAUGGUUGUGUUGUAAGUGUGACAAUCUAAACGUAGACAGUUUCACAUUCCACUCAUACGAACUAGAGAUCUCAAAUCAAUUCAGUGUCCUGUCCAAUAGUGCUACUACAGACAUUGACUCAAUUCCCUCCCCCGACUCUGUGUUCAGUCCUAAAAGAUACAGCAGUCCCCAACAUUGGCGAGCAAGGAGUCGUUCAACGCUACACUCGACAGCGUCAUCAAUGACCGGCAACACCACACACUUGCCCCCUAAACAGGAGAAUCUCCGGACUUUAAUUAUGAAUUGCCAAAGCGUAAAAAAUAAAACUGCAGAAUUUGAAACUUUAGUGGACUAUAUAAAACCGGACAUUAUAAUAGGAAAUGAGUCUUGGCUAGCAAAUGACAUAGGUAACAGUGAGAUAUUUCCACCUGAAUUUCAGCAAAAUGUUUAUAGAAAAGAUAGAAAUAAACAUGGAGGAGGUGUUUUCAUAGCAGUUGAAGACAACCUUAUAACUUGCGAUAUAACAUCUUCAGAGGACUGUGAAGUGACAUGGUGUAAGUUAACGCCUAAACAGGGUAAGCCGUUAAUUAUAGGGUCUUUCUAUCGUCCACCCAAUACUGGUACACAAACCAUAGAGGAACUCCGUUCAUCCAUCCAAAGUCUUGGUCUGGACAUAGACAACCAUUCUUUUAUUCUGGCCGGAGACUUUAACCUCUCGAACAUGGACUGGGAAAACUCAGCGGUGACAUCCGGAACAUCACAACCCCAAGUCCACCAGGAAGUACUUAACCUACUGGAUGAGUUCAGUCUGUCCCAAAUACAAGACACACCCACCAGGGAAGGUAACAUAUUGGACCUGUACAUAACCAACAACACCACGCUAGUUAAGAACUGUCAGGUUAUACCAGGUAUAUCAGACCAUCAUAGUGUUGUAGUGGACGCCGACAUCAAACCACAUUACAUAAUAAACAAGAGGCGGAAAAUAUUCUCCUACAAAAAGGCUGACUGGAAUUCCUUAGAGGAACAUCUAUCGCGAGUGUCGGAUUCAGUCGUUAAUAGUACCACCACCGAUAUUGACACAUUAUGGACCAUUUUGAGGAAAGGCAUCACUGAGGCUAUGGAGAGUUUUAUUCCAUCCAAACUAUCAUCCAAGUACCAAAGUCACCCAUGGAUAACUCACAAUAUCAAGAAACUCAUAAAAAAGAAACAUCGUUAUUAUAUAAAGGCCAAACAAUCGGGCAGUAAAGAACUUUGGAACAAAUAUAAAAGAGAAAAAAGGGAAACUCAGAAAACCAUUAGGAAAUCACAUUGGGUCUAUGUAAACACUGUGCUAGAAACAUCUUUAACUACUGGAAAUAGGAAAACAUUCUGGAAAUAUGUAAAAUCGAAAAAAAAGGAUAACAUCGGAGUAGCACCCCACUUAAAGACGGAAUAUUACAUCAAGGAAGUAGUGAGAAAGCCAACAUCUUGA